UUGAUCAAAGUCUUGCCCAACAAAAAGGUUGCACUUUUCACUCAGCUUUUCCCUUCCUCUCUACUUCAGACUGGAAAAUUAAACAAAACUCAGCCAAACAAAGAAACCAGAGAGAAAGAUCAAGCAAAAAUAUGUGCAGCAAGAGUAGCCCUAUCAGGCAAAGAAAAUCAGCAAGAAAAGUUGUAGCUUCUCCGGCGAAAUCAGCAAGAAAAACAAGAACGAAAACCAGAAAACCUAAAUAUCUUUCUCUGAAACUUCAGCUCUCUGCCAGCAAGAAACCACAAACCCAACCAAAACCCACCAAAAUGCCCCACAAACAACAGCUGAAUCUCUUCCCUCUCCACCCAGAAAACCUUGUACACGAUAAAGACUUCCACGACUCCGAUCAAGUCUCCGAUCACGUUGCUUUUCUCUUCGAAACAGCCACCGACACUUCCACCUCUCUCCACGGCAUUCUUGACUCCACCACCACGACCACCUCGGAGAAUGGUCCGUUAUCUCCGUCGCUAACUUAUGUAUAUAGAGGGCAUGAUGGCGAAGAGAAGGGUGCUGUCAGCUCGCUUGUGAAGACGGCGAUGAAGUGCAAAGAAAGAGAAGCGAGUGAAGAGAGAUGGGUGAGUUACUGUGAACUGGUGGAAAAGAAAGAGCAAGAGGAAGUGAGUAGUUGUUAUGCUGCUGCUGAUACAUUAGAGAAGAUGGUGCAGGCGCAAGGAGAUUGCAAGAAAGGGUUGGUGGGAUUGAAGCUUGAUUAUCAAGAAAUCAUGAACGUUUGGUCUGAUAAGAGCUCACCAUACAUAAAAGGAGAAUCCCCACAAAUUGUUCCUGACUUGCACGAAGAUUCCAAAUGGUCAGUGGAUGGAUGGACAGUGCCAGAAACAGGGAGCACGAAGAAAUUAGGGCAAAGAGAGGCAAGUGUGUUGAGAUACAAGGAGAAGAGGCAAAGCAGGCUCUUCGCCAAGCGAAUUCGGUAUCAAGUUCGAAAACUUAAUGCUGAGAAACGUCCCCGUUUAAAGGGUCGAUUUGUGAAGAGAAAUGGGGAGGAGUAAAUUGUAAAUUAUGCACAAUUAAUGUUAUUAUUUUAUAAUAAAUUAUAUUUUAUUUGUGAU